AUGGCCCAUCUUACACACGGUGGCAGAAUCGUACCCAUACUAACGGGUCACGACCACGACAAAUCCACACCCGCUUCUCCUCCACUGCUGCAGGACCAGCACGAUGAAGAAGACAUCGCCCGACGGUCUAAAGCUCUCGACCGCGAGAGCUUAGAGAUGCCCUGUCUCAAAAAACGCGGUCUAUUUGCCCUGCCGACAGAGGGAGAUGGCAAUUGCCUCUAUUAUUCUCUUUCCGACCAAUUGUAUGCCGACUUCGCCCACGCCGACGCGUUCCGCCAGCUUCUAGCCGACCACAUCGCCAGUAACAAGCAUUAUUUCAUGCAGUUCGUCGUGGCUGAGGGUGGCGAGCGGCGCCGCCCGAAACGGGCCGCCGCGUCCGUGUAUGCGACGCGCUCGGCCGCCGUGGCGCCUCCGUCUCUGGAGGACAAGGAACGGCGGUUCGAGGAGAUGGUGGCGGCUACCCGUAAGAAUGGCGAAUGGGGUAGUUCCGAGCAUCUGCAGGCCUUUUGCCAGCUUUUCAAGGUCGAUGUCAACGUUUACACCAUGGAUGGUGUGCAGGUGUUUCGUGACGUCAAUGCUGCCUCGGAUCAGCCGAGAGAUGUGGUGCAUGUUGCUUUUCAUGACUUUAAACACUACUCUUCCGUACGGGCUAUAGAUGGCAACCACCAGGGACUUCUCACCACGUCCAAGUACCCAGAGCGCUAUAUCCUGCCGCCGAAGAAGGUGAUCAUACCAGAGAGCUUCGCUUCGGACAGCAUGGCUUCAGACGGCCUGGCCGUCGACGUCUACCCUCCAUGGGACAUCAAGUCGAUUCAAGAGGGUCUUGGUGGCCGAUACGACCGAGAAACAAUAGUGGACAUGCUGCAGAAAUGCCGUGGAGACAUCGAUCGAGCAUUUGCAGCCCUGCUCGACGAGAAGAGCGACGCGCCAAACGAAAAGAAAGGACCGGCCCUGAAAUCCAGCUUGCAGGCCUCGCGAUCGUCAUCCCCAUUUAGCACGGGUAGCAAACGCUCGGCGGAAGAUAGCGACGAUUCCGAAGACCCGCGGCCCAUGACGCGACUAUCACGACCGAAAAGGCGGAUUGUCUCCAACCUCACACUCGGGGUUGGUAUAUCUUUCAGAGACGAUCAAAACGAGCUUGUCUCUCUGAAUUUGCGAAUGCCAGAGAAAGGCCAAGGUGCUGAGCCCGUCUCGAAAAACAACGACGAUGACCUCGCCAGCACUGACCCCGAACAAUCAGACGCGGACAAGACAAUGGCUCCUCGACGCAGUGGACGUCUAUCCCGCCCUCGAGCCGUUUGA